CGCGUUUCAUCCUUGCUAGCUCGGGCUACUUCGGAUCCUGUUUCUGUGUGUCGAGCUAACUGUGUGUGCGCGCACAUAUGGCCAUCACACAAGAUUGAGCCGGUGUUUGUACAGUUUCUUUGUUUGCCCCACUGUGUAGCCAUGCGCGAUUAAUACGAGCCAGUGAGUCAGAGGACUAACGGGACUUGUCUCCCUUCACCUCUCAUCUCAUCUCAUCUCCUCGCCUCUCUGCGUGGGAAGGCUGAAGAAUGAUCGCAUCCUUAUCCAAAGGAAAUUUACUCGAUGUGCUGCAGGAGGGAUUCAAUGAGCAACAACUGGUGGCGUAUGUGUCGUGGGUGAAUGCUCAGCUGAGGAAGAAGCCCGGUCUGAAGCCCGUAAGCGAUCUGCGGCAGGAUCUCCGAGACGGUGUGGUGCUCGCACACCUCAUUGAGAUAGUGGCUGGCGAGCUCCUGGAGGGUAUUCACUACUCACCAAAGGACAACCAAGAGAAGAGAGAAAAUGUGGAGAAGGUUUUGCAGUUUGUGUCCUCCAAGCGGAUACGCAUGCCCCAGACGUCUGCCAGAGACAUCGUGGAAGGGAACCUCAAAUCUGCCAUGAGGCUCAUCCUGGCUCUAGCAGCACAUUUUAAGCCUUCUGCCUCAGCCAAUCACAGGGCAGGAGCUGCUUCGGGUAGAAACUCGACCGCCUCCUCAGCCAACCACAGACCUCAUUCCACUAUGGCCAUGGCCCAGAACGCAGCAGCGGCUCUAGCAGCUGCCCGGAACGAUGCGUCUCGCUCAGGGCGCAGCGUUCAUCAGCUCAGACAGGACUGGCACAGGCAAAGCUCCAGUGCUGAUGAAGAGAUUGAGAACCCAUGCUGGAGUGUGCGGGCUUUGGUCCAGCAGUAUGAGGGACAGGGAGGAGCCGGUGUGGACGACACAGAGACAGGAGACCCAAGCUUGAGCACCUCCAGUCCUGACCACAUGCCCAAAGACCACACCGGCCUCUCAGAGGACAACGGACAGCUUUUGAGUAUCCAAUUAGGACACACCAAAGACAAUUUGACAAUUGGCCCAGGUGUAGCCCAGGAGCAUGAUGGGAGGUGUGUGAGUAACUGUGCCUGGGAAGAGCAACUGUGGGAGCAGCAGGAGCAGUUAGAGAGAGAGAUGGUGGAGGCCAGGAGAAUGGUGUCCAGCCUACAGGCUUUGCUUCUGCAUGGCUCGUUGCCUGACGAUGAGCAGGAGGAUUCGCUGAGCUUGGGAGAGGGAGGGGAAAAUGCCGAGCAACAACUGGUUAUAAUCCGCAGUCGUCUUGACCAGAGCAUGGAGGAGAGUCUGGAGCUGAAGAGGGAGCUGUUGAAGUACAAGCAGGAGGCACGCAACCUACAAGGAGUCAAAGAUGCUCUCCAGCAGCGUAUGACCAUGCAGGAGUCGUCUGUGUUACAGCUCAAACAGGAGCUCCUGCGCACCAGCAUGAACCGUGAUGAACUGGCAGGACAAAACGCAGAGCUUCAUAAGAAGCUAGAAGAAAGGAACAGGCUUCUCAGUGAAUAUAAGAAAGAGUUAGGACAGAAGGAUCGCCUGCUACAGCAACAGCAGUUCAAACUGGAUGAAGCUCUACGCAAGGUGGCAGACAGCAACAGCCAGCAGGCUGACCUGCAGAGGGAGCCAGAACACAAGCAGAGGUUUUUUCAGGAGCUCACUGAUCGUGCCGAGGACGAGCUACCUGGAUCUCCGAGCAACGGCUACACAGAUCCUGCAGCACUAGAGCUCAGCACAGCACGAUCACACAAAGGAACGGAAGAGCUACAGUUGGUACGGGAUGCUCUGCGCAGUCUGAGGAACAGCUUCGGAGGCCACGACCCUCAGCACCACACACUGGACACACUGGAGCAGGGCAUGGCCAGCCUUAUGGACCGCCUCUACACACUGGAGUCACGGACCAGACGUGACAGGAAGGCAAGGGCGAGGUCUCCAGGACACAAGGCCACUCAUACAGACAGGGACUCCUGGCCUUCCAGCACCAGAAUGGUCCACUCUCACAGCAGCCCUAUGCUUAACUCCUCAUCCUCCACCAAAGUCCUGUACUUCACAGACUGCUCGCUCACACCCUUCAUGAUCAACAUCCCUAAGAGUUUGGGAGAAAUUACCCUCCGAGACUUUAAAGUGGCUAUAGAUCGAGAGGGCAGUUACAGAUACCAUUUUAAAGCUCAGGACCCUGAGUUUGGGACUGUGAAAGAGGAGGUGUUCCAGGAUGAGGCGGUGGUGCCCGGCUGGGAGGGCAAGAUCGUGGCAUGGGUGGAGGAGGAUCACGGCGAGGGGAGGAUCUAACAGGAAGCCUGAGAAAAGCCCAGCCGGGAUCAGAUGUGACAGGAAGGAUGAACUGUGCCGAUCUGUCAGAAUAAAUGUGCUUGUGCCGAACGUACAGAUGCUCAGCUUUCUCACUUGGAAUUCGAAAAUCCUCCUGUUCCCUGUACCUCUGUGUUUCUGUGCGAGUCAAGUGAAAGCAGGACAACAGAAGGGACACCCGGAGGUUAAUUAGAACGUGUUCCUGUCCGUUCUGUUCUCUGAACAGCUGUCUACAGAAAAUACAGGCUCCUCGCCAAUGAUUAAUCUGAGGAGCUUUUCCUUAACGAGUUGCCAUGCUGCAGACAUCUGUAGUGUCAAAUUAGUGUUUCACUGUGACCAUAAGAACUUCUGUUUAGACAUUAAAAGAGCUUCUCAUAAUAAAUCUUGUAUUUUAUAGUUGAA